AUGCUCACGCAAGCAGUUGCCACCUACUGCCGCGCCGGUGUAUGGUACGUCACACUUCUCAUGCUCAGUGUCGCGGCGCUCGCGUGCGUCUACAUGCUUGCGUCCCGCGGGCAUUUCGAGGGCUUGAACAUGCUCGAACUCUCGCGGGUCGGGGGCAUCGUCUGGGUCGGCCGGCCACUCCUCUUUCUUCGGUCCAUGACGGCGCUCUGCCUCCUCUCGACCGCGACGCUGGAGCUUCAUACGUCUGGCUACCGCAGCUACUUUGCGGCUGUGCCCACGCCGUGGUAUAAGAUUGCGCUGGCGGCCGGCGAGGUCACGUGGCUUGUCUCGGUCGUCAACGACGUUGCGCUCAUCGUGACGAAGGAGUACUCGAUGUACUAUACAACAGCCAACAGCCUUCUCGUGUGGCUCAUUGUUGCGACUCUCGCGGGGGCGUCGCCCGUUGAAGCCACACUCGCGCUCUCACCGCACUGCCAGGUUGCGCAGUUGGAUCUUCUUGUGACGUGUGCUGCCGGCGACCUAGUGAUCGGCCAAGUGCGUCGCUUGCUGGCGCUCAUUUGCAUUGUCAUUGGAUGCAAUAUGGUGUGCUUUGGAGUUGUCCGAUGCUGCAUGCGCCGCCCGCAAAGCCGUGUGACGUCGCUCUUGCUCUCGAGUGGCGCGAAAUACCUGUUCCUGCACGACGGCCGCCUCGUGGACGAGGUCUACUACUUGGAUCGCGCGUCGGCGGCCAUCGCCGGUCUUCUGACACUGCGCGUCGGACAUGUCAUGUAUGCCCUCGACAUAAAGCUCUGGCGACUCUUUCCGGUAUCGCUGCCACGGACCCAGCACGAGUGCCCGCUCCGUGACGCUGCCUUGCCCCUUUGCAACCUAGAACGUGAGAGCUCGACACCAAACACUGUGCAUUAGUAGAUUAUCUCGAAACCAAAGACUGUGCAUUCAAUGAUAUUUAACAAUACAUAUUCAAAUGUGUGUAUUUGCUUGCG